AGGGAGUAAGGGCGCCAUCAAAUUACAACACUUAACAGUUAUGAUGGAGAAGUGAACCGUGUUGAACAGCCGCAUUAUUUCUGCUGUGUUCAGUGUAAUAAUAGUGGAAGAAACACACGGUGACGGUUUAGCUAGCUGGCUAACAUUAGCAAACAAGCUUCCGGUCAGUUCAGUCCCGACAGUAAAGUAACGUGAUCUAAAUCAAAUCAGCAGCGUCCUGUGGAGACGAGCAGUUAGCAGAUGCUAACACACAGUAAAGUGAAGAUGAAACUCUCCCUGUAGUUUGGAGGAUCAGGAUCAGAGUCCAGCUCCUCUCUCCGUCUCACGGUGAAACUGCCAGUGAAACAGUGAAGAAGAAGAACGACAACCUGUUUCCUGGUUUGUCUCGGAAAAACAGCCCCAUUACAGAUCAGCAGAGAGGAGCCGGGAGCCCGCAGGAGCUGCCACUGCGGUCUCCCCCCGGGGCAAGGUGGUGAUUAUGCGGCAGGGACGGCGUCUGUCGCGGCUUUAACAGAUCUCAGUCCAGGCUUUGGGGGCGCAUUCCUUGGGGUGAGUCUGUUUCGUACCUGCCGCCAUGAUGGAGGUCAGCGGAGCCCCGGUUGGCGUCCUCCUCCAGCGUCCCUGGCUUCCUGUGAGCAUCGGCGACUGCCGGCUCCUCGCUAAGAUCUGGUUUGGAGACUCGGCGUACCACAUCCUGCUGACUGACAUGACCUGUGUGUGGGAGGAGAGGAUGGACUCAGCUGCCAUCCAGAGCCGAGCACAGGAGCUGAACAGGCGCCUGCGAGCCCCCGUCAAAGCGUUCUUCUCCCACCUGUGUGCGGUGGUCCAGCCCUGUCUGUCGGGAGGCGGGGAGCGAGCUGACGGCGAGGCCCAGAUCUCCCUGACGCGACAGGAGGACGGCGACAUCAGCAUGAGGCUGAAGAGCGAGCUGGCAGGGCUGCCCUUCUACUGGGAGUUCCACUGCACCCCCGCCUCCGUCACACUGGUGUGUGCUCAGCUGGUGCGCCCCCUGCUGGCGAUGAGCCGCCUGCUGCAGCGGCAGGUGGAGCAGCUGGGAGGUCUGCUGGCGAGGAAGGACGCAGAGAUCCAGGACUACAGGGAGAACGGAGCCACGCUCAGCAGAGAGCGUCUGCAGACGGAUGUUUUUGAGGAGCAGACCUACAGAGAGGACUUCAUGGCAAAGGCUCUUCCCGUGGUGAGCUCCGAGCAGCAGGACGCUCACGGCUUCGACGCCGAGCUGCAGCACCUGUACGCCUCCGUCGUCGCCCACGGAAACGCACGAAAGCGCAGACUGUCGGAGGAGCGCUGCGUCGAGGAGGAGGAUGAGGAGGAGGAGGAGGAGGAGGAGCGGCCGGCCGCCUCAGAGGAACCCGACCUCACCCCGUCUGCAGGCGUCGGAUCCGUCCGCACCGAAACAGCUGAGAGCGACAGAGGACUGCGCCCCAACGGCCAGACAGAGGCGACCAGAGCCAAGAUGGCCGACAGAGCCGCAGUGCAACAGUCUCUGCCCGUCACCUGCAGCCCUGCGGAGCGACCGGCCUCCAAACCAAAGAAGAAGAAAGUGGGACUGUUCAGAUGAGCCCGAGCAGUAGGACACACACACACCAUUAAGAACUGCAAUAGAAAAGGUUUUUUCCCACGUGGAGAAAAAUGGAAACGGGUCUGUCUUCAAAACCACUUCCUGUUUUUAACGUCUUCACUUUUACAGGUUGAGAAACUUUAUCUGCUUUUAAUUUGGUUUAGAUUUUAUCAUAUAAACAGGUUUUUAAACGAAACAUUUAAUUCAAUGAAUUCAUUUUUCUAUCUUUAAUGGUCUUGUGAUCUGCUGUCAAUAUUUCAAACAUACAGGUAAUUAAACAGGUAACUAGAUUAAUUUCUCAUGUUUUAAUGAACAAUCAAUUUUCAUGUCGUCUGAAACUGAUUUAUUGAUUUUGGGGUUUUUUAGAAAAGUCGAACAAGCUGUUGAUUAAAGGUGUAAAUAUAA